AUGUAUUUGAUAUAUAUAUCGAAGUUUUAUAUGUCAACCAACACGAGCGCAGUGACAGAUGGCUGAAAGUUGGUGUGGGAGAGAUUGUAUCGUUAUAAUCGAAAGUAAACAAGGUGAAAACGUUCAGAAAUAAAACAACUUAAACAGGCGUCUCCUUCCAGCAAUGGCCUCCCAUGAUAAUACUUAUUUUAUCAUCACCGCAAACCAAAUAAGUUACAGCUGGAUAAAAGCAGGAUGUAUUUGCUAUAAAACUGGAAAUCUGUAUCCUCAAAAAGACACUGUACAUGUUACAUGCAUCGGUGAUACAAUAGGUUAUCGCUUGCCAGUUGAUAUCCUGCAUCCACUGACACAGCAAAAGUCUGAAUUUCUCUUGGCACUUGAAAGCGAUGAAGAGAGACUGAAGGAAUUCGCAAAGCCUGAGAUUUUAGAGCAAGCCGUGGAAUUGACCGUAGGCUCCGAAGUAUUGGUGGAGCAAGAAGGCGAGUGGCUCAAAGGUGUGGUAAGGUACAUCGGCCCGCUCUCUGACCGAAAAAUACCAAAUUCUUGUAGAGGAGUAUUUUUUGGAGUUGAACUGCUGGGAGAAGAUAAGGGCAAAGGUCAUACUGACGGAAGUUUCGGGCACAAAAUCCGCUUUGAAUGUCAGAAAGAUUGUGGAGUUUUUGUCCCUUUUACCAGAAUCAAACCACUGCAUCCCAAACCAUCAGCACCAUGGGAUCCCACACACGCGCUGUCUGUUGGAGAUCGCAUAACCUACAUUCUGGAUGAUCAAAACGAAUGUCAGCAUGGGAUGAUCCUGAAAAUUAAGCCAGAUGGCAUGAUUUUGGUCUCAACGGACAUCGACGAACAUGGAAAGGUUGGAGGAGAGAGAGAGAUUCCAUGGCAAUGCAUUAUUAAUAAAGAGGAAGAUUUAAAUGCUGAAGAGUUUCACAGAUCUAAAGGUGAAAUAAUGGACAUCUCUGAAAGUCCAGAUACAGUUAAAGAUCCGAGUGCUGAUGGGGCUAUAAAACUGGGCUCCAGGGUGGUGGUUAAUCUAGCCAAUGGAGCCUCUUUUGCAACCGUGCGUUGGAUUGGAUCUCUUCCAAAUAUGCCUAGCAAAAUGGCUGGCCUGGAACUGGAAAAGGCGCGCGGGGUGAGCGACGGGACGUUCAAAGACGUUCGCUAUUUCACAUGUCCGACUAAGCACGGCCUCUUCAUCAAGCUCUCGUCUUGUCAGCUCGAUGAGAGUUUCCUGGGUGAGUCUGCAGUUAAUGGAUACUUCGAACAUGAUGGACAGGAUGUAUCAGCUGUCCCACCCUUGAGGUCAGAGGACGUGAUGAAGGUUCUGGCUGGUCAGAUGAAAGGGAUCCAGGGUCACUGUAACUCAUGUUACAUGGAUGCAUCCCUCUUUAGCUUGUUUUCCUGCUCAUCAGUACUGGACUCUCUUCUGUUUAAAAAAACUAAAGCGAGCGACGAACCCAUCCAGAGAACUCUCCUGAAGGACAUUGUGUGUCCUCUGCGCAGCGAGGGUUUUGUCUCUGCCCACAGCGUGAUGAAGCUUCGGAAGCAGGUGAAGGAGCGAGGCCACUGUCCUAGCUACACCACGGAUGAGAAAGAUCCAGAAGAGUUUCUUACUCUCAUCAUGCAAGACAUCUUGUCACUGGAGCCACUGCUGAAACUGAAAUCGUGUAAUCAGAUUAAAGGUCUAACAGAGAUAGAGCAGACGAGUUACUUGUACCAAAUCUUCAUGGAUUACAACCACAGUCUGAUUUUACCGACAGUUCAGCAGCUCCUGGAGCAUUCGUUCUACACCAACGACAUCAAACUAGCAGAGGUGCCUUCUUGCCUGAUCCUGACAAUGCCUCGCUCGGGGAAGCAGUUUAAAAUGUUUCCAAAAAUCAUUCCCUCGCUGCAGCUUGACAUCACUGCUCUUUUGUCCAACGGUCUUCAGCAGUGUGUGUUGUGUAGACAGCUUGCACAUGUGGAGUGUAGCCAAUGCUUCAUAGAUCCAGUUUUCAGCAAUACAGGAAUAAAGGUUUUCUGUGAGACCUGUUCAACUCAGGUGCACUUUCACCCCAGACGACAGUUUCAUAAACCCACAGCCCUGCGUCGCCCUGAAGGAUUUCCUUACUCGCGCAGUCCUGAUAGUCCAUCACAAACACUCCCAAGAGAGAAGUUGGAGCUUUUCGCUGUCCUAUGCAUAGAGACCAGCCACUAUGUUUCAUUUGUCAAACACGGACCAAAAGCGACUGACUGGAUUUUUUUUGACAGCAUGGCCGACCGAAUAGGUGAAACGGAUGGCUUUAACAUUCCAGAGGUUAAAGCAUGUCCAGAAGUGGCACGCUACCUCACUAUGCCGCUAGCUGAGCUGGCUAAGCAGGUACCUCGUGAAAUGGAUGGUGUGGCAAAGAGACUGUUCUGUGAUGGCUAUAUGUACCUGUACCAGAGCCCCAGCAUGGCCCUGUAUCGCUGACACGAUCGAUCUAGUAUCAAAAACAAAUUUCUACAAACUUCCCCACACCGCAAACAACAAAUACUGACUUUUCUGUUAGAAUACUAAUAGUUAUUUCUGAAACUGAACGUUCCUCUUUUUGCUUUAAGCUUUUAAUUGGUUGUUGGACUUUUGGGGGCUGAAAAAGCAUACUUGUACAUACGUGUACUUGUGUACAUACUUCAGUAGUGCCAUGAAAAGACCAUUGGACAUAAUUCAUGGGAAGAUGUAUUACUGUUAUUGUUAAAUGUGAGGUUUUACUUUCCCCUUUUUAUACAGUUUCUAGGAAUUGACAAUAUCUGGUCUGAUAAAAGAAGAAAAUGGAAAGAAAAGUUCACCAAGUCAAAUAAUUCCAAAAUUACAUUUAUUGCCUUAUUUCCUCACAAAAGAAAUGUAAUAUCUCAAUCACACAAAUCAUGUGACAGACAUGGUUUAUGGAUCACAGAGACUAAAGAAAUAAUAUAAACCUAUGAAAUAGCCUGCUGUAUAUGGGAUGGUUUUCAUUUGUAUAUUUGCUAUAGAAAUGGAAGAAAGUCAAGAAUGAGUCCAAAAUGCUGUAUAAUUACUAUUAAGCUGUGUUAUCAAUAUGUUUUGAUCAUCUUAAAAAAGUGUCCCUGUGUAUUUUCGGUGCCAUUGUGCCAAUUUCUAUUUUUGAAAGGGAAAAACAUAUAUGUGUCUCAUAAACAUGCACAUACAUUUACAUGCAUCUAAUAUACUCAGAUGGCUCUCAGGGAAAUUGCACUUUUCUGGAUCACUGAUUUAAUAAAACGACUUUUUAAGGUGUUCCCGGUUAAACACUGAGUUUGAAA